GCUUCUCUUCGCACUCUGGCUGCUUGCUGAUGUUCGGUCGAAGUCGUACAUUAUUUUAAAAUGGCCGUCCGCCAUGGUCACGACGGAUAACGAGCGAUAGUGUAGUGCGAGGUUUAUUCGUGAAAAAGGUGUUUCUGAUGGCGUCUGUAGUCACGUUCGCGAUCCUAAAGUCCCUGUGUUGUGUUUGGUGAACGAAAACAGUGCGACUCAGUGACGGAAGUGGCAGAAAUCCGUCCGGGAAACAUCCGCCGGAAGCGGUAUAACAGAGCAACACGCGGAAUCAGCUAAGCAAGAAUCAAUAAUUCCUACAGUGAAGAAGUGGGAAAGAAAAAAAGUGGAAAAAGUGCAAUAAUAUUAUAUUUUCUGUGUAAUCAAACAGCAGCUUGGGCAGUCAGGAAAACAGUUCAAACCUCGGAAGAAGAUAGAUAGUGACGGAGGAAACACGCGAGUGUGAAAAGAAGGCGAAAAACUCACUAGAUGAGCCAAUUUUUUUGACAGAAAACAAGUUAACCGUGCGUUGGGAGGAUAAAAAUACAUACCAGUACGAAGAGAGUGAGAUAGUUGAAGAAAAGCGUCAAAAGCUACAAAAAAUCGAGAUCAUUGUGUUCCCAACUUGUUUUCUCUGCCUAUUUUUUUUGUUUUCCGGGGCUGUACAGUUAAUUAGUGUAUUAAGAUGAACCGGAAUUUGGUGAGUCUGGAGUGUUCGUGCUGCUUUAAAACCAACUAUCGCAACGGUUGCAAUACGAACCCUGCCCGGUGUGGUUCGUCGCCGUCAUCUCACCGUCAUCGUCAUCAGCAUCCCAAAGGAGCAGCAACCGUCGUCGUCAUCGUUAGCUCGUUGUUGUCCUCGUAGUAACCAGUCGUAGUCACCACAAUACCCACCCCCCCAAUUCACGUGCACAUAGCAUACACACAAAAUACCACUGACUGCGUUUCUUGAAGACUACGCAACCGAAGACCAACAAAAGAGCAUACGCAUCCCUCGUGCCAGAGACAUUGUAACUGUUCAUAAACCCGACGAAACAGAGCUUUUGUGGUGGAAGAAACAAUUGCCGUUUGUCGAACCCCUCUUCGAAAGGAGAUUCGGUCGUCGCAGCGCUCUCCGGUUUAGAAUAUGAUAGUGAGUCGCCGAGGAGUGAAUGCUGGACCGGCAUUGAGCUUGCCAUCUACACUGGAGGACUCGACGAAUAAUUGGAAAGGAACACCUACGGGUCCCUCCGAUCCGUCACAGCAGCCCGGUGGACCGGGAGGACCUGGUGGCCCGGGUGGUGGAGGUCCCGGAGGUGGAGGCCCCGGCGGUCCAGGUGGAGGUGUCAACAGCUUUGGCGGUCCGGCGGGAGGAAACAACUUCGGCGGGCCCGUGUUUCCUGCCGCCGGUCAGGGAUCCCCCGCGGGUGGAUCCGCGGCGAACAACUACCAGAAUGUCCCUCCCGGUACCGGUUCGAAUACCCCGCAGUAUACGGCGUCUCCGGCACCAUCGGGUUCCAGUACGCCCGGUCCCGGCCCGCAAAACGUAGGCUCUGGGUUCCCACCACCGAAUGCCGGCGGAGGAGGCCCCGGUCCAUAUAAUGGUCCCGGGGGAGGUCCUGUCGCAGGCGGCCCAUUCGGUUCACCGUCCGCUAAUGGUCCACAGUUUGGCCGGCCGGGUAGUUCCGGUUCGGCGUUUGGCAGUGGACCUCACUUCACGUCACCGGGUGGCCCCGGGAGCUUCGGUGGGCCACAGUUCGGUCUACCUCCUGGGUCACCCUUCGGCCACGGGCCUAACGGUCCGCAGAUGGGCGGCCCCAUGAACCAAGGACACAUGAUGAGCGGUCCGCAGCCAGUCGAUCGAAUGGAUCAAAGGUUUGCUUACAGUCAAUUGAACGUUCCCAGAAGGCAUGCUUACUUCGGACAACCUGACUAUAGAAUAUAUGAAUUAAAUAAGCGAUUACAGCAAAGAACUGAAGAAAGUGAUAACUGUUGGUGGGAUUCAUUUGCGAAUGAGUUCUUCGAAGACGACGCAACCCUAACACUAACAUUUUGUUUGGAAGAUGGACCAAAAAGAUAUACUAUAGGACGCACACUAAUCCCUCGUUAUUUUCGAAGUAUCUUCGAAGGCGGUGUAACGGAACUGUACUUUAACCUGCGGCACUCGAAAGAGUCGUUUCACAAUACAUCCAUUACGUUAGACUGUGACCAGUGCACGAUGGAAACGCUGCACGGGAAACCUAUGUACACCAAGGUCAUUACCGAGGGACGCCUAAUACUGGAGUUCACCUUCGACGAUCUGAUGCGGAUAAAGUCGUGGCAUUUUGCGGUGCGGGCGCACCGGGAACUGAUACCCCGCUCAGUAGUGGCAAUGCACACCCAACAGCCGGACCCGUCGAUGCUGGAGCAGCUGACGAAGAAUAUCACCCGGCAAGGAAUUACCAACUCGACACUAAACUAUCUGCGCCUAUGUGUGAUACUAGAACCUAUGCAGGAAUUAAUGUCUAGGCACAAAGCGUACGCGCUGAGUCCGCGAGAUUGUCUCAAAACUACGCUGUUCCAAAAGUGGCAACGGAUGGUGGCACCGCCGGACGCGCAACGACCCGCCAACAAGCGAAGAAAACGCAAGGGAUCCAGUUCCGGCGCGGGCGCGGGCAACGCUGGACCACCGGCGCCGAGUAAAAAACGAUCACCGGGACCGAACUUUUCGCUGGCGUCGCAGGUGGACGUAAUGGUGGUAGGUGAACCGUCCCUGAUGGGCGGCGAGUUUGGCGACGAAGACGAACGGCUCAUUACCAGGCUAGAAAACACGCAGUACGAUGCGGCCAAUUCCCUCGAGCACGAUAGUCACAACGCGUUCGGCGGCCAUAACGAUUCGCCGAUGACGGGUCCGGGCGGCCCUGGCGGUCCCAACUCGUGGCAGGUGGACCGGGGAGGCGGCCCCGGGGUGCCGAACAACAGUGGACCGGCCAGUCAGGAUUCGGACAAGAAGAGCCCCUCGGUGUCCCAGUGACAGUUGUAAUAUUAUAGGGUGAAGGAGGAGAACCCGUAGAGCAGAGCGGAGCGCACCCUAGCUGCUGCAGAGCUCUACAGACCGUAGCCCUCCCCUACCGCCACGGAACCGUGGCACCGUGUGUGACCGACGACCGUGCGCGCAUACAUACCAAGAAUUAGACGCAACAGAAAGAAACAAAAACCGGAAGCGAACCGAAGCAACGGCAACAACAACAACCGAAUGCUCAUCUUCUCUGCACGAAUUCCCGUCGGGGUCUUAAUCCGGUAUCCGGAUUAACCGACGGCGACGUGGGACGGGUAGCAUGCGCCAUCAUUAUCCAUCGGUGCCGGAUUCGGACGUUCGGGGGAGAGCUGUCCGCGACCGAAUCCGGAACCCUUUAGUUUCGUUCUCCUGCGGCUUACAAGAUUUCCUAGUGUUUAUCGAGCGAGCGAGUUUUUUUUUUCUCGGACGUGAUGCUCCGAUAUUUGGUAUUUGGGGUUGAUGGGAUAGCGACCAUCACACACUGCCGGAAGGUUAGGUGGUUGCGAGUGUUAAGGUUUAGGUUUGGAUAGGGAUGUUCUGUUGUUCAUUGAUUGCGGCCACUGGAUAGCUUUCAUAAUUUCAAACAGCUUUUAUCGGGAUUUUUGUUGCGUGACGUAGUUUCAAGGAUUUCUUUCCGGGAUUCUUCUUGGAUUAUUUUUUCUGUAGUUCCUUUAAUUUCCUGUAAUUUACUCCCGGAAUUUCCGAAAUGUGUCCCACCGGGAUUAUUCCCGGAGUUUCAUCCGAGAUGUUCUUUCAGUUAAUUCUCUUAGUGGCUUUCCUUGAUGGCUUUUGCAGUUUUUAUUUUGCGAGAUUUUUGCAAGAUUUUUGAACGAGUUUUUGCAAUAACUGUUUCCACUGAUUCCCAGAAUUCAUUCUGGAAUUCGUCUCAGGAUUUCUCUCGAAAUUGAAUCCAUGAUUCUUCUUUGCAUUCCUUCCGCGAUUCCUCCUUGGACUUCUACUGCGAUUCCUUAUUGUAAUUCUUCCGCAGUUUCUCUCAAAAUUCUUCCCGCGAUUUCUUUCGGAGUUCCUCCUUGAAUUUUCCGGUAUUAGGGUAGUGGACGUAUUUUGGCCCGGGCAUGUAUUUUGGCCCACCCUGGGAUUUUUGUUGCAUUUAUCAUAUAAUCUCUACAAAAUCUUAGCAAUAGAUUAUAGGAAGUUCCAAUAAUCAUUUGCCAAGAUUUUGUAGAUAUUAUAUGAUAAAUGUAACAAAAAUCCCAGGGUGGGCCAAAAUACGUCCACUAACCUACUUUCCGGUAUUGCUUCCGGGAUUUCCAGAAAUUGUUCCUGGAAUUUAUACCAGAGUUGUUCCCAAGAUUUCUGUAGUUUUUCUGUGUUUCCAAUUUUUUUUUUGCUGGAUUCCUUCCGCAGAUCCCUCCAAAAUUUAUUCAAAGUUUUUUUUAGGGAUUCCUCUUAGUGGUUUUCUGGAAUGACAAUUUAGCAGUUUCUUCCGGGAUUGUUCCGAGAUUUCUCCAGAUGUUCUUCCAGGGGUUACCGGGAUUUCUCUUAGUGUACCUCAGGGAUUUCAACAGUAGCUCCUUCCGUGAUUUUUCUUAGAGGUUUUCAUAUUUACUCCUGAAAUUUAUCUUAUAUUUUGUUCCGAGAUUAGUUCUCAUUUUUUAGAGAUUUUCCGGUUUUUCCUUAGGAUUUAUUCCGCAAUUCCUCUCGAGAUUAUUUCAAUAAGUCUUCCCGGAGUAUCUCUUAAGAUUUCACCUGGAUUCCCUCAGAUAUUUGCCCGGAAAUUUCUUACAAGGAUCCUAGGAGGUAUUCCGAGAAAAAAACUCCUGGAGGAAAACCCCUGCAAGAACUGCGGGUGUAACUAUUAGAGAAAUCCUAAAAGAAACAUCCAUAAUCAGGCACACUUUUCUAUAGUGAUACAGGGAAGAACUCCGGGAGUAAUCCCGGGAAUAUCUCUAAGCAAAUCUCAGGAGGAUUACUGCAAGAAAUUCUGGGAUAAAUUGCGAGGAAAAGUCUGGAAAAACCUCUGUAAGAAAUUGCUGGAAGAACUUCACGAGAUAUAUCAGCAAAAGAUCCUGCAAAUUUCACAAAAAAGUACUCCGGAAGAAACCCCGUGAAAAUCUCGAAAGGAGUCCAAGAUAAAUCCUAAGAAACUCUAAGAGACAUCCCGGGCGCAACACACGUAGCUAAUUCUACGAGAAACAUCGACAGAGAUCUCAGGUGAAACUUCUAGAGAAAUCCUGCGAGAACCUCUAAGAAAUUCAAUUUGCACAAAUUUUUGGAUCAACUCCGGGAGAAUUCCCGUGAGGACUCUGGGAGGAAUACAGGGGAAUCCUCUGUAAGAAAUCGCGAGAGCAAUUUCUGCAGAAAGUGCGUGACAAACUCCUGUAGAAAUUCUGAAAGCAGCUCCAAAAGAUAUCCCAGGAAUAACUUUUGAGAGAAUCCCACGAAAAACUCUGGGAGAAAAACUUCUGGGGAAACCCCGGAAAAAAUCGAAAGGAAUUGCGGAAAAUUACUCAAGAGGUAUUCCUUGAGAAAAACUAAGACUACAUCUGUGAAAUAUCCUGGGAGAAACAAUUGUAGAAAUUCCGGUCGAAACUCGAUACAAAAGCUCACGAACAAUUCUUGAAGAAAUUAUCAACGGAACUCCGGAAGAAAUCCCGUGUAUGACAAUACAGAGAAAACCUCUGAAUCCCGAGCAUGGCUUCUGCAGAAUCAUCGUAAUAAACUCCGGGAGAAUUUCUGGGAGCGGGAGGUACUCUAGUGGAAAUCCCAAGAAUAGCUCUUGUAGAAUUUUGGUGAAAUCCCACAACAAGCUCUGGGAGAAAUCCAAGGAAAAACUCUCGGGAAAAUCUCGGGAAGCACACCGGAUGGAACUGUGGGAAAUCAUUUCAGAGUAAUUCCUGGAGAAACUCGGAGACAUCUGAGAAAUAUACAUAUCUGAUAAAUAAACAGUGGAAGUAAGCCGACAAAAAUUUCUUGGAGAAAACAAGGAAUUUCAGCGAGCAAACUUCGUGACUUUAGGAGCAAUACCUGUGGAAGAAAUCCUGCAGGAUGAAAAACUCCAGGAGAAAUCAGGAACCCUGGAAGAUUCUUAAGCAAAACCCUGAAAAAAAAAAUGCUACAAUCUUGGAGAAAUUCUGGUGGAAAUCUGGGAGGAAUUCAAGGAAAACUAAGAAAAAUGCCGAGAAAAAAUAUGGUAUUUUGGAAGCAAUCCUGGAAGGCAUUUGAAAAGGUGUAUCUCUUAAAGAAUACCAGGCGGUAUUUCUGGAGAAAUCCUCGUGGAGAAGUUUCUGGAAGAUUAUAAACAUCCUGAUUCAUCCUCGUUUGGUUAUUUGGGGUUCGUCCUUUUAAACUAUUUCCGCUUUGGUAUCACAUUUGGCAUAAUGCCAUUCGACACAUUCACCCUCAUUCUUGUUUUCGAUCGAAUCCACUUUGAAACGUAAAUCGCUCGCAAUCCCGUUUACGCCAGAAAAAUCAAAUGCGAUACGGGUUUGAACAAAUCGAAUACGUUCGAAAAUCAAUACGUCCGUAAAAAAGAUUGAGGGUGAAUACCGUUUGGUAUAAUACCGUUUUUUACGUUUACAUUGAAGUGGUUUUUCCAGUCUUGACAAAAUUUAAACAUGUAUAGAUGUUUAAUCUUGUUCGACGUUUCGGUCACAUUUGACGCCUUCCUCAGGUAGAGUCCUUAGUUAUUUAUUUUAUUGAAGGGUUUUACAUGGUUAACUAUUGACUGUUUUUCACAUUAUGCCAAACUAAUUAACCCAUUUGGACAUUAUGCCAAAGAUAAUUAUGCGAAACAGCUUUAUGCCAAAUGGGAUACUCCCUCCGCUUUUCAACUUUUUCUGUUUUCCGACGGGUCUGUGUGUCAUUCGACGCAAAUGUCGUAUGGUAUUAGGUCAUUAUGCAUAACGCGCAUUUGACGUAAUGGUCAUUUGGCAUAAUAAACACUAGGCAUAAAAAAAGAACGUGAUAUAGACAUUUGGUUUAAAGUUAUUUGGUAUAAGGUCGUUUGGCAUGACGUUCAUUUGGCAUAAUCGAAAUGCACAAUUCUUAAUUAUGCCAAGAGUCCAUUAUGACAAAUGUCUUUAUGCCAAAUGACACAGACUCAAAAAUAACGGUGCAUUACGAUUAUGCCAAAUGUCCGUAAUGGCAAAUGGCCGUUAUACCAAAUGAUCUUAUGCCAAACGAAUUAAAUUUCCCGCUCCGUUUUCCGAUCAUGCAACCUUAAACUACUAUUUUGGUAGUUCAUCCUAUGCGCUAUCGGCGUUAUAGGAAAUAGCAAUCAAUGAACAUCAGUACAUCUAUCAACAAUGGACACAAUACUAUCAUAAAAACAGUAACCGAAUGCUGUGGAUAGUGUGUAAUAGUUUCGAGAGGAAUUUUGCAAUAUGAAUACCAUGUAGUUUUUGUUUGUUUCUUCUGUACAACAAAAAAAAAGAUUAGGCGAACAGGAUGGGUAGGACGGGAUCGAGGAAGAUUCCUAGACAUUGGCGAGAUGGAAAAUGUUAGUGUAUAUCCUAAAGUAAUGUAACUACAACCCGGGGUUACUUUUAGACAAAAAGAAAAUGGGACGUUGUCAGCAGUAGAGUCGGAGCAGAGCAAUGUGUUGAAAUCCGCGGAACGAGAACGAAAGCGAUCGUGUGCGUGCGUGCAAAUGUGUUGACGAAACCAAUCCUUAAACUUAGGUGUAAAUCUUAAUCGCGCGGUGUAAAUGUGGGAAUCUACUACUAUUCGUUUUUAGUUCUUUAUUUUCCUCGUGGAAAUGAAUGUCGAGUGAGAGUAUACAUGGGACUUACUCGUAAGAAUACCUUUAGUUCGUUUAUAUUUUUCGAUUAUUUAUUUAAAAAAAUACAUGCUAAAACCGAAAACCACAAAUCAAUGAAUGGCUCUCCUAGGAAAGUCACUUGAAUGGGGCGUGUUAAAUUUGUUUGGAUAUCAACUACUUUGAGGACAACAAAAAUGCCAUUUUAUCAUGGCCAACACAGUCGAUGUACCAGAUCCACCUACAUCAAAAAUUUUGUAUAAAAAAUCAUCAAAGAAAACAUCCAAUGUACUGCUCUAAAACUAUUCAAACUCACAAAUUUAUAAACAGGAACUAAAAUGCGAUAUGGAAUUCUGUAAACAGGUAACAAGACACAAAACAACAUUUAAACAUCCCAUAGGAAAAUUACACUCUUUGAAAAUACAGACACAUAGACAACAUACACACAAGAAUGCACACUGUAAUAACAUUAAAAUCAGAAGAAAAAAAACUAUCAGAAUGCUGAAAAUGGGCGAUGCGAGUGCAGAAAACUACCCGAAUGAGAAAGUACUAGUGUAUCUUAAAAAAAGUCUAGUAUUUUAAUGUAUUAAACAUAGGAAAAUUAAAGAAAACUAUUCUCUAAAAAGAAUGCAACAAACAGAAAAAAAAACAAGUGGUUAAAAGUAAAUAUAAAUAAAAGGCGUUUUCAGGCAAGCCACCAGACAAGAGUAAAGCAAAAAAAAAGUGGAAAACUAAAUUAUUUUAAUCAUGAAUCUCUUUUUACAAAAACCCAGAAAAUCACGACAAAAAGAGGACUUACCCCCGUUGAGCGAACAAAAGAAAGAAUAAUGAACCCGGAAUAUUAAACGAUACACGUGUAAAAAGGUAAAUACUCUAAAAAGUAAGCAAAAAAGCGAAUGUACAUUGACAAAACCAGAAAUGAAUUCAACCUAAUAAAACAAAAAAAAAAUGGAAAGAAAAUAGCGAAAACCAACGGCAGAAAAAAGGAAACCACUGAAAUAACCUAUCGGAAAGCGAAUUGUUUAUAAAUCGGGGAACUAAAAUAAACCGGAAUCAUUCUGUGAACAGUAGUAAUUGGCAAAUCGGAACAAUAGCAAACAGCAAAAAAAAAAACAAAAGAACAACAGAAGACGGUAGAGAAUAAAGUAACCGAAAGAGAUGAAGAGAGAAGAGAAAAAAAAAACAUCGUCAGUAUUUGUUAUAUAAACAAUCAUUAAGAAGAAAAAGAGUGAUCAUUAAGGAAAAAUCAUUAUUUUUACGUGUAUAUCUUAUUAUUAAAAUUAUUAUUGUAAUUUAAAGAAAAAGGAAAUAACAGAAAAAAGUGUUAGUAAAUCAUAAUUUUACGCGAAAAAAAAAAACAAUGAACAUCCAAAUUU